AAAUUAUUCAUAUGUAUUUAAUUUGUUAUAUGAUAAAUAAAUUAAUCGUUAAAAUAAAAAAAUGUAAAGAUUUUGGUUGGAGUAACCUUAAAGAACUUUGGAUAUCAAUUUUGAUAUUAAAUCAAUUAGAAAUUAAGUUAAAGAUAGAUGUGUACCAGUUUUAUAAUAUUAAACUGACUCUGCGUCAAAAUUAUUCAAUUCAUAUAGGUAAUAUGAUGAAAAUAUUUUAGAAAAGAAAGCAUGUCUACUGUCCCUUCUUUUGAAAAUUUAUAAUCUAAAAUUAGAGACUUCUCAUAUACUAGAUUAAACUCUACUUAAUCUUUUUAAUAAAAAAAUUAGAUUCCUGAUAAAUAUAUUGCUUACUCUCCAUAAAUGGCAGUGGGGUUAUAAAAGAAGUAAAUUUAAAAUUUAAAAUACAAGAAUAAAUAGUUCUUUAGGAAAUAGAAACAAUGUUAAUUUUCAAAGUUCUCGAUAACAAUCUCCUGCAUAUUAAAGCAGACCUAUUGAAUUAAGUUAUAGGUCAUAACAAAAAAGAAAUUUAAGUGAUAAUUUAUAAUUGAAUGAAAUUGUGUCCUUGAGAAACAAAAUUGAAUCAUCCUAAACUAAUAGGCGCUUAUUAGGAGCAAAGUAAUUGUUUCAAUUAUAUAAAUAUUAGUUAUGUGAGUGAAUUAGUAAAAUUAGCAUAGGCCAUAACUAAUGCACUGAAAUGAG